AUGGGAUGUAGCGCGGGGGCAUGUGCGCUCAACUUGGGACACCUGAAGGCGCAGUCCAAGCUGUCCGUCUUCUUUACCAUGAUCCUCCUCUUCAUGUACCUAUUUUACUGCUUAAACGGAUACUGCGAGUCCAUCCCCAGACCCGUGUAUGACCAUCAGAGCAAUCAUCUCCAAAGCAGGCUGCAAGAAGAGGGACUCAGUGCGUACAAUGCGUCCCAGCUGGCCAGAAAGACAUCGCAUGACUUGGACAAUAGACUUCAACCAAAUAACAUUUCUAUAGCAAAUAUUUACGGGGCGAGAAAGUUUCCCCAAGCCAUUAUCAUAGGCGUAAAGAAAGGAGGAACGCGCGCGCUGCUGGAGUUUUUACGCAUCCAUCCCGACGUGAGAGCGGUGGGAGCAGAGCCGCACUUCUUUGACCGCUUCUAUGAGAAAGGACUCGAAUGGUACAGAACGCUGAUGCCCCGGACGCUGGAGGGCCAGAUCACCAUGGAGAAGACCCCCAGCUACUUCAUCACCAAAGAAGCCCCCCGCCGCGUCUUCUCCAUGGACCGCCACACCAAGCUCAUCGUGGUGGUCCGGGACCCCGUGACGCGCGCUGUGUCCGAUUACACUCAAACCCUGACCAAAUCCCCGGGACUGCCUUCUUUCCAAAACCUCGCCUUCCGCAACUCAACCACGGGCCUCAUCGACACGUCAUGGAGCGCGGUUCGAAUCGGGAUCUACGCCAAGCAUCUCGAGAACUGGCUCCGCUACUUUCCGCUUUCCAAGUUUCUUUUCGUCAGCGGGGAGAGGCUGGUGACGGAUCCAGCGGGGGAAAUGGGCCGCGUGCAGGACUUUCUGGGACUCAAGCGCGUGGUGACGGACAAGCACUUCUAUUUCAACCAGACCAAAGGAUUCCCCUGCCUGAAGAAGCCAGAGGGGAGCAGCCGGCCGCGGUGCCUGGGGAAAUCUAAGGGCAGGCCCCAUCCACAGAUCCCCGCGCACGUCCUGCUGCGGCUCAGGGACUUCUACAGGCCGUUCAAUCUCAAGUUCUACCAAAUGACUGGGCAAGACUUUGGCUGGGCCUGA